AUGGAGAUUGAGAUCACGCUCAAAGAAACUAUUAAGCCAUCCUCUCCUACACCACCUGACAAAAGAAUUCUCAAGCUUUCUCUUUCGGACCAGUUCACUCCUGUGACUUACACAUCCCUUGUUUUUUUCUACCCCGCCGCAAGUGGAGACCAAGAUGAUCAUCACUACGUAACGGUGGCAGAAAGAACCCAGCAGCUUAAGAAAUCUUUAUCAGAAGCCUUGACUCACUUCUACCCACUUGCAGGCAGGCUCAAAGAUAAUGUCUCCAUAGAAUGUGAGGACCAAGGAGCAGAAUACAUUGAAGCAAGGAUCAAGUGUCUUCUCUCAGAUUUUCUUGUGAAGCCCGACGCAGUGUUGCUGAAAAAUCUCCUGCCUGCUGCUAUAGAAUCAACUGAAGCCGCCACUGGAAGCCAGUUGCUUGUCCAAGCCAAUAUCUUUGAUUGUGGGGGCCUGGCAAUUGGUGUUUGUGUUACGCAUAAGAUUGCUGAUGCAGCCACGUUGUCUACGUUCAUCAAGUGCUGGGGCGGGACGGCUCUUAAAUCCAAAGAUGUAGUGAUUCCAGCAUUCAUGGGUGAUUGUAUUUUCCCGCAGAUGGAUUUGUCAUUCUUGAAACCCACCUCCCUCGAGCUGAUUCAGAGAGAGUGUGUUAUGAAAAGGUUUGUGUUUGAUGGUUCUAAGAUUGGAAUGCUCAAAGCAAAAGCUGCAAGUGAAAAGGUUCCUGAGCCAACCCGGGUGGAAGCUGUGUCUGCCCUGAUUUGGAAAUGUGCAAUUUCAGCUUCAAGAUCGAGCCUGGGAUUGGAAAGAAAGUCUCUGUGGUCUCUCAGCGUCAAUAUGCGCAAAAGGCUUACCCCGCAAUUGCCUGAGAAUUCUGCAGGCAAUUGCGUUGGCUCCAUCUUAUCGCGUGUGGAGGAGGAUGCUGAUGGGGUAGAAUUGGGAGAUUUGGUGGGUCUAAUACGAAAAGGGAACCAAGAAUUUGGUGAGAAUUACGCGAAAAAGAUUCAAGGGGAGGGGGCUCAGCUAGUAAUGAUUGGGUUUGCGAGAGAAUUUGGAGAGAUGGCCAUGAGUAAUGACAUAGACUUUUACCUCUGCACCAGCUGGUGUAGAUUUGAACUAUACGAAGCUGCUGAUUUUGGAUGGGGGAAGCCAACCUGGUUGAGUUUUGCCAGUACAGCAAUAAAGAAUGCGGUGGUGUUGAUUGAUACCAAGGAUGGUGCUGGAAUAGAGGCAUGGUUAACGUUGAGCAAAGAGGACAUGGCCUUGUUUGAAUCUAACCAAGAGCUCCUAGAAUUUGCAGCAGUAAAUCCUAGGGUAUCCCUCAGCUAA